UCAAAUGAAAAUAAGGAUGAGCGCCAUGUCUGAUCCUCAGCUGGCGGAGUAGCGCGGACGGCGGACCGAGCUUCAACCCGGGCUGCGCUCCCUUCGGGUUCGGCUGCGCGGUCAUGGCGGACAGCGCCGGGAUCCAGCAGGGCUCGCCGGCCAUCGGGGCCGCGGGGCUGGUUCCGGCCGCCCCCGGGGCCGCGGGCACGGAGGGCUCCGGCACCGCAGCUGGAGGAUCCGCACGCAUCGCCGUGAAGAAGGCGCAACUCCGCUCCUCACCUCGGCCGAAGAAACUGGAAAAACUCGGAGUGUAUUCGUCGUGCAAAGCUGAGGGAGCCUGUAAGUGUAAUGGCUGGAAAAGUCAGAACCCUCCUCCGACACCCCCCCAAACUGAGCUGCAGCCCAACAUAGUCAACCUGCAGGAGCCCUGUCGCAGCUGCUCUCACACCCUGGGUGAUCACGUGGCACAUUUAGAAAAUAUUUCCGAGGAAGAAAUGAACAGACUUCUUGGUAUUGUCCUGGACGUGGAGUAUCUGUACACGUGUGUUCACAAAGAGGAGGAUGCCGACACUAAACAAGUCUACUUUUCCCUCUUCAAACUGUUGAGAAAAUCCAUCCUACAGAUGGGUAAACCAAUGUUAGAAGCACAAGAGAGUCCUCCAUUUGAAAAACCCAGCAUUGAACAGGGAGUUAACAAUUUUGUCCAGUAUAAAUUCAGCCACCUACCGUCAAAGGAACGUCAAACAAUCAUAGAGCUGGCAAAGAUGUUCCUCAACCAGAUCAACUACUGGCAGUUGGAAACGCCGUCUCAGCGGCGCCAGAGGGUCCCCAACGAUGACGCCGCCGGGUACAAAGUCAACUACACCAGGUGGCUCUGCUACUGCAACGUGCCUCAGUUCUGCGACAGUCUCCCCCGGUACGAGACCACGCAGAUUUUCGGCCGGACGCUGUUGCGCUCUGUGUUCACUGUGAUGAGGAAGCAGCUGCUGGAGCAGGCCCGGCAGGAGAAGGACAAGCUUCCCCCCGAAAAACGCACACUCAUUCUCACACACUUUCCCAAGUUUUUAUCCAUGCUGGAGGAGGAGGUGUACAGUCACAGCUCUCCGAUCUGGAACCAGGACUUCCUGGCGGGAGCUACAGGUGACCAGAUUCCUAUCCGUACAGUGAUCAAUGCUCCCCCGGUGGCCAGACCGCUGUACUACAGCACCAGUCCGAUGUCAGUGGACCCGUCCACCUGUGGCAGUAUCAGUCCUGCCAGGAAACCCUCCUCGGCUCUGGAGUCGACCCCAGUUGGAGAAAAGCGUAAACCCUCUGAGCCCCUUCAACACGAAGAAAACAAGAGACCCAGAGUGGUGGGCGACAUUCCCAUGGACCUCAUCAACGAAGUCAUGGCAACCAUCACUGACCCCGCAGCCAUUCCAGAGACCAGCUUGCUGUCGGCUCAUUCCGCCCGCGACGAAGCCGCCCGCCACGAGGAGCGGCGAGGAGUGAUCGAAUUCCACGUCAUCGGGAACUCCCUUAACCAGAAGCCCAACAAAAGGAUCUUGAUGUGGCUCGUUGGCCUUCAAAACGUGUUCUCCCAUCAGCUGCCUCGCAUGCCCAAGGAGUACAUCACGCGGCUGGUCUUCGAUCCGAAGCACAAGACGCUGUCGCUGAUCAAGGACGGCCGGGUGAUCGGAGGGAUCUGCUUCCGGAUGUUCCCGUCACAAGGCUUUACAGAGAUCGUCUUCUGCGCCGUCACCUCCAAUGAGCAGGUCAAGGGUUACGGCACGCACCUGAUGAACCACUUAAAGGAAUAUCAUAUAAAGCACGAAAUACUCAACUUCCUUACAUACGCUGAUGAGUACGCCAUUGGUUACUUCAAGAAACAGGGUUUCUCGAAGGACAUCAAGGUUCCUAAGGCCAAGUAUGUGGGCUACAUCAAGGACUACGAGGGGGCCACACUCAUGGGCUGUGAACUCAACCCCAGCAUCCCCUACACGGAGUUCUCUGUUAUAAUCAAGAAGCAGAAGGAGAUUAUUAAGAAGCUGAUCGAGAGGAAGCAGGCUCAGAUCAGAAAGGUCUAUCCGGGGCUGUCCUGUUUUAAGGAUGGAGUCAGACAGAUUCCCAUUGAGAGCAUUCCUGGCAUACGUGAAACUGGAUGGAAGCCUGUUGGAAAAGGGAAGGAGCUGAAGGACCCAGACCAACUGUACAGCACUAUUAAAACAGUCCUCCAGCAUGUGAAGAGUCACCAGAACGCCUGGCCUUUCAUGGAGCCCGUGAAGAAGACGGAGGCCCCUGGUUACUACCAAGUCAUCCGCUUCCCCAUGGACCUCAAGACGAUGAGUGAGCGCUUGAAGAGCAGGUACUACACAACACGCAAGCUGUUCAUGGCCGACAUGCAGCGCAUCUUCACCAACUGUCGCGAAUACAACCCUCCUGAGAGCGAGUACUACAAGUGUGCCAACUUGCUGGAGAAGUUCUUCUACACAAAGAUCAAAGAAGCGGGCCUCAUCGAGAAGUAGACGGCAGCAACUCCCGCCCUUCCAGGACGAGAAGGUGGUUCUGGAGAAGUUGAAUCCAGAAACCAUGCAAAAA